CCGGUCUAGUGGGGGAUGCGGAGGCACGAGGUCCCAGGCAGGUGCCCCUCGGGAGCAGGACCAGAGGUGCCAGGGAGCUGGACCCGGGCCCAGCCCCGAAGGUGCUGGGGCUGGCAGGGGACCCGGGCCGGCCGCUCAGCUGGGAGGAUGCCGGCGGGCGCGGGGGAGCGUGCGCGGCCACGUGACAGCCGCUAUAAGAGCGCUCCGGGCGGACGCUCAGCUCCUGCCGCGCCUCCUCGCUGGCCGCGCUCCCGCCCGGCGCCCGGCUUCUCCCAGCCACCAACCUGCGGCUGCGGCGGCCGCCCGCCCCUACCCGGCAGCACCAUGACAGAUCAGGCCUUUGUGACACUGACCACAAACGAUGCCUAUGCCAAAGGAGCCUUGGUCUUGGGCUCCUCUCUGAAACAGCACAGGACAACCAGGAAGCUGGUCGUGCUUGCCACACCGCAGGUCUCGGACUCCAUGAGAAAAGUUUUAGAGACCAUCUUCGAUGAAGUCCUCACAGUAGAUGUCUUAGACAGUGGCGAUUCUGCUCAUCUAACCUUAAUGAGGAGGCCUGAAUUGGGUGUCACGUUAACUAAACUCCACUGCUGGUCACUUACACAGUAUUCAAAAUGUGUGUUCAUGGAUGCAGAUACUCUGGUCCUAGCAAAUAUUGAUGAUCUUUUUGAGAGAGAAGAGUUGUCGGCGGCACCAGACCCAGGGUGGCCUGACUGCUUCAAUUCUGGAGUCUUUGUUUAUCAGCCCUCAGUUGAAACCUACAAUCAGCUGUUGCACCUUGCUUCCGAGCAGGGCAGUUUCGAUGGUGGGGACCAGGGUUUACUGAACACAUUUUUUAGUGGCUGGGCAACAACAGAUAUCAGAAAACACCUGCCAUUUAUUUAUAAUCUAAGCAGCAUUUCUAUAUACUCCUAUCUCCCAGCAUUUAAAGCAUUUGGUGCAAAUGCCAAAGUUGUGCAUUUCCUGGGGCGAAUCAAACCAUGGAAUUAUACUUAUGAUCCUAAAACAAAAAGUGUCAAAAGCGAGUCCCAUGAUCCCACCAUGACUCAUCCAGAGUUUCUCAACCUGUGGUGGGACAUCUUCACCACCAACGUUUUACCUCUGCUUCAACAGUUUGGCCUUGUCAAAGAUCCCCACUCGUACCUAAAUGUGGAAGGUGUCUCGGGAGCCGUAUCACAUCUGUCCCUCGGGGAGAUCCCGGCUACAGCACAGCCUUUUGUGUCCUCAGAAGAACGGAAGGAGCGGUGGGAACAGGGCCAGGCCGAUUACAUGGGAGCAGAUUCCUUUGACAACAUCAAGAGGAAACUUGACACUUACCUCCAGUAGAAACGCUGCCAUUUUCCCAUGGACACAUCCAUUUCACAGGCACUUGUUUCGGAUGCUUAGUAUCUAGAGCUGGGUUAAGCAAGGUCUGUUACAGUUGCUAGAAGCUUUGCUAAAAUUAAAAUUCAUCAGAUGAGGGGAUUUUGCAGGACAACAGGUGAGAACUGGGCAAAAGUUGUGAAGUAGCAGUUCUAUUAUGUGUGGACAGUGUUCUGCUUUUUAACCCUAGGCUUAUUCAGCAGAUGGUCAGAGAGUCUGGAUUUUGCUGACCUAUGUGGUAAGGGAAACUCAAGCUAUUAAAUUGGCUGUAUCGACUCUAGAAACGUGCCAAGACAGGCUCUAAAUCCGCCUCUCUUCAGACUGGGACAGGGUAUCUCUCUCGUGCUUGCUUGUUAUACCUUUGACUAGACCCACAAUUUAGAAUUGCCCAGAGGCCACCAGAGCGAUUGUAAUUGUGCUUCCAGGUAAAGACAGCCUAGAACACUGCUAAGGGAUUCAUCAACCUAUCAACAGAUGGUGUUAACCCAUUUUAUUUCCUAAUUUCAGUGUCUGAAGUUGUUCACCAGUUUUCUAUGUACAGUUUACAGCAUGCGAAAACGCUUUUGUUCAGUUCUCUGUAUCUGUAAACAGCCAUGUGUUCUCUGAUGGUUACCUGCAGUGGCACCCUGUAUGAAAAUAAAGACUUCUU